CAUAAUGGUACCAAUCGUAAGCAAUAAAGCCAAUAGCCUCAACUACCACCUUCUAUUAACUUAACUUAUGGCAAAAGACUAAGAGUUCUUAAGAUAUAGCUAUUAGUAUAUACUAAAUGGCGCAAACUCUGGGUAGCAACAAAACACGAUUAGCAAAUGAGCUAGUUGCAAAUGAAAUAUUGUCUCUUACUGAAAAUGUCAAAACAAACUAUCUAAUUGAAGAAAAUGAUAAUUUUGCUGAAGUUUUACAGCAAAACGUAAAAGAGGAGAUAGCUGCACAAUCUCUUAUUCUUAGUUCUAAAAGAGAAUUUUCUUUACAUAAUUCUUUGAAAAUAUAUAACCAAGAUGAACAAAAUAAAAAUUUCCAAAACAUAAGUCUUCUAAACAGUUCCGUUAUAAACAACAUACCAAAAAUUGUGUCUCUUCAAUAUGAACACAAUUACGAUGCGUCGCGCGAUAACAUACAUUCAUUAGAUAAUAUUAAUUGUGCUGUUAGUAGUAAUAGAAGUAAUACAAAAGAUUUCAAUCUUCAACACAAAGAUCAAAAUGAGAUUGAAAGUAUUAACUCUAAAGAACCACUGAAUCAACUUGAUGCUUCCAAUGCUACUAAUUCAAUACCAUUUGAAACUAGGGUUGCACAUAAUGUUUUGGUAUCAAUAAAUUCAACAGUAAAUUCAUCUGAUGCUAGUGAUGAUUCACAGCAAACAGACAUACUUAUGACAGAAGUUGAGCUUCAACCUUCAUUAGAGUUGUCAAAAUAUCCUCAACUAUUUGUCUGUACAACUGCACAAGAAGCUCACGAGUUAGUAAAGCAAUAUGCUGAAGAAACACUAUCAACAUUUGUUUCCAUGCGAAAAAUGAAACAAUACGGAAUAACAGAAGGUGGAAUAGACAUGGGUAGAAAAAAUUAUAGAGUGUUUUUUGAAAGCCCGGAUGUUCAAUUCGAUGGUGUACCAUAUGUUUAUGUUGCCGACAAAAUGUAUAUUUGUCAUCUUGGUAAAGAUAAGACUGAAGUUACACGACAAAAAAUUCGUUUACAAAGUAUGGAAAAAAGAAUCAAGAUGGGUCUUCCUAUUAAGGAAGUACCUGCAACUCGUUUGCGUACAAAAAAAAUUGACUGUCCUGUAAAAAUUACUGUAAAGAUGAUUGCCAAGUUUCCACAAUUUAAGGUUCCACGGAAAACAAAGCGCGUAUGUGAAACUGCAUCAAAAAAAGUUAGGCAAACAUUACUUGAGACUAAUGGAAAAGUAAGCUGUUACUUUGCAUUCAUUGGUCGAUUGCCUGGUCUUAAUGAGCACAAUCAUGGCGUUGGAGAGGAAAAUGCUGACCAUGAACCGAUUGAUCCAUUGAUUAAAGACAAAAUAAUCAGAUUAACUUGGGAGGGCAAUACUAAUCUCAAUGAUAUAAAAAAACAACUUGAUGACUAUGUGGAAAAAGAUCUUUUUUCUGGUAAAAUUCUUCCCUCAAAAAAUAGAAGAAGAUAUUAUCCUAGCACAAAAGAUAUUAGAAAUUAUAUGAACAAAGCUAAAAUGCUAACAAGACUUUCAUCUGAGAUUCGUGAAGAACUUAAUGUGCUUGCCAUAAAGCUUCAACAGUCACGCCCAACUGAAAAUAUAAUUAUUCAGUCUGAAUAUGUAGAUAGUAAAGAUCCUUCUGCUAUUUUAAAAGAAGAUCAUUCACCAAAAACAACGUUAAUUUUUUGUCACCAAACCCCUCAACAGCAAAGAAUACUUAAAAGGUAUGGCAGUAAAGUUAUAUUAUGUGAAAUCACUAAUAGUGUUCAACAUGUGCCAUUUCCAAUGUUUUGUCUAUUUGUGCAAACAAAUGUGGAUCAUCAGUUGGUUGCAACAUUUAUAUUGGAAAUAAGGAACAAAGAAUCAAUAAUACAAGGAUUAAAUACUGUGAAAGAAUGGAAUCCAGGCUGGAUGCCUAAGUAUGUAACAAUUGACUAUGCAGAAGAGCAAACAGAUGCCAUUCAAAAUGUUUUUCCAGCUUGUGGUUUGUUUAUUUCGGAUUCAUCCCGACAACGGAAUUGGCAUGAGUGGCUCAACAAAUCAGAUUAUGCAGUACAAGGUGAUUUGGGUAUCUUAUUUGAACAUUUUCAGUCAAUCGCUAAUGCAUAUAAUGAAGAGGUUUUACAUGAAGCUGCACUACAAUUAGAAAAUUCAGAAGUGUGGCGAGGUUGUGCAAAUUUAAGGAGUUGGUUUAAUUCAAAGUGGUUGUUGGAAGCUAAGAAAUGGAUUAUGGGUUACAGACCGGAAGAUUUUAUGACUGCAAUUCACACUGAAUCAACUAUAGAAAUGGAUGUGAAGCUAUUAAAAGAAGCGCAUAUAAAUCUAAUGAGAGGCAAAAAGCUGGGUUCGUUGAUUGAAAAGCUUGUAGAUAGAAUAAUUCCAGAUUUUUACAGAAGGUAUGUUGAAUUAAAUCGAAAAUCGUAUACUCAAGCAAAUGAACUAAAGGUUUUAUAUGGUGAUCAGUUGCCAACAUGCUUAGUUGAUAAACCUGCUUCUGUUAUCCUUCAUGUUCUUGAUCAAAUCAAGUCAAAUGAUUCAGCAAUUUAUCAGGUCAGUCAUGUACAACCGGGUUUGUUUUGGGUACAAGACACAUCUGGAGCAGAAAAUAAUCAAUCAUACACUGUCUCAUUUGGGGAUGCUAGCAAUCUUCCUUCAUGCAAUUGUGUUAGUUGGCAACAGUAUAAACUUCCUUGCAAACAUCUUUGUUCAGUAUUUAAUUCUUUUCCCGAUUGGGGUUGGGAUAUGCUAGAUGUUUGCUACACAUCAAAUCCAUUAAUUAAUCUAGAUUAUUCUUGUAUAAAGCCAUGGGUAGAUGCUCAUGGUAAAUUAGGGAUACAUCAAAUUGCAACUACUUCCACCCCUGUAAAAACAUUAAAUAUUAUUAUAAAAAAUCAAUCUAAAUCACAUCCCCAAAAAGAGAUAACGCAACCAGCUAAUCAUUAUAAUUCAAUAUCAGAAACCGAGUUAAAAAAGCAACACUCUUUUAAAACACAACUUUCUGAUGUAAAUGAAUCUGAUGAGCAGAGAAAAGAUCUUGUUCUUCGAUGUGAAGAUCUAUUAAAGAGUAUAACAACUUAUUCAAAAGAAGACAAACAUGAUCAUUUAAAUAAACUAAAAUUUGAUUUGCAAGUUUCAAUAAAAUUAUUAAAAAAAUCUACAGCUAAACGUUAUGCAGAAGAAUGCAAUGACAUUAACUCCAAAAAGUUAAAAGUUGAUGGUAGUAUAAUAGAUGAUUCUUCUGAAGAAAACUCAUACAUAAGUGAUGAAGAAAUAAUAGGUUUUCAAAUAAGUGAGGAGAAAGAGACUGAGUUAUGUAAUGAUGUUUUAAAAGAUGAUCUGAAUGAUUCAACAGAUCUUUUAGAAGAUCAUAUAACUUCACAUUUACAGAGUGACAAAGUAUGUAGUUAAACCUAAAUUAUAAUUAUGUAAUGUAUUUGGAAA